UAUAGAUAGAGCCCAAAUGAAGAAGCUCAACAUUAUAAUCAAUGGCAUGGAGAUGAUCUGGAGAACAGUUGUUUCAACAUUCAUGCUCUUUUUCUUCUUGAGAUAUUUCAACAAUCCUCCAAAUCCUCUCCUUAUUUUCCUUUUCCUCUGUUUGGUUCUUUUCUUGCUUGUCAUAGAUCGUAAUCGCUCUGUUUACGAAGAAAACGAAGAUUUCUGUGUUUUGUACACUUUUGAAGAAGACAGUAUGCUUGAUGGUGAAAUCAUAGACAAGAACAGAGACUGUUGUAAUCUCACAAGAUAUUACUAUGAUGAUAGUUUUGGUUAUUAUGAUGGUUAUCACCAAGUUGAUGAUGAUGGUUGUAUAUGGAAUGAUGAUGAGGAUUGUAGCCAAUGGAAUCAAGAUGAUGGUGAUGAUGGUAUUGAAAACCAUGAUGAUGAUCAUCAUCAUUCCCAUGGUGGUGAUGAUGAUGAUACCUUGACGAGCAGGAUCGAAGAUUACAUUGCAAACGUUUACAAUGGAUGGAGAGAAGAGAAACGAACAGAGAAACUGUUUGUUUGAUUUUUUUCAAAAACUCUGUUUUUUUUCUCUCUCUGUACAUACGAAGAAAUUAUUGUGACGUGUACAUAAAAUUUGGUGUGCCUUUAUUGAUCAAUCAGUUGUAAUUGUAUUAACCUGUAACUUUUCAUCAAUACUAGAAAAGCCACAGCUUCGGAAGCUUUGUUGUGGAGAAGCUUCAUUAA